UCUUGCGCUCAGUUCAAACUUGAGCAGGACAAAGAGUGCAUUUCUUCGAGUCCGAAUGAUUAAGCUUCAUACAUGCUCAAAACGUUAAUGUGGACAGUUGGACAUACUCGGGCCUGCUCCUCUCCUUCAAUGCUGGAAGCGGCACUUGGACUGAUCUUCACGUGAGCACAGGAGCGUAUUUGGUCUGCGCGCGGCACUUGGACUGAUCUUCACGUGAGCACAGGAUCGUAUUUGGUCUGCUCGGAAGGAAAGAUCGAGAAGUCAUGCUUUGCAUCUAAAAGCGCCAGAACCGCUUUGGUGGGCCGCCUGCCUGCUGAGUGCUCGUUGCUAAUUGGGGAUUGUGAGAAAUUGGAAGAGUAACCAGCUGGCUAGUCAUCACACACCAAACCCAUUAAUCUAUUACCUUGUUUGCCACCUGAGUAGGACAAAAUGAGUCCAGAGAGAGAAACGCUGUUGGAUGACAUAGAACAGAGUUUAUGGACUUUAACUGAGGAUAAUUUACGUUAUCUAUGUGAGCGUUGUGGAAUAUGUGGCAAAGAUGGAUCUGAAGUCCAAGGAAAGAGUGUACGCUCACUGCAUCGUAAAAUAAUGAAGGAAUAUUGUGAGAAUGCUGAUUUAACAGAAUCAAAGGGCCAGGGAACGUCUCGGUUACUCCAACUGAAAGAAGACAUUAAAGGAAUACAGGAAGAUGCCAGUGGUGCGCCCACGAGUCCCAGCCAGUCAGCGACAGCGGAGGUGGGCAGCUCACAAGCAUGCUGCGAUGGAGAACAGCAUGAGGAGGGAGGGGUUUGGUUUCCCAGCAGGAAGCUGGAGGCAGACCCAGUUCCACAGUGGCUCAUUAUACCACAGCAGAGGGAGAGAGUGAGAGGGAACAGUGAAGCCGAACCCAACUCGCCUCUUUCUUUCAAGUCUGAGACCAAAUCUACAGAGUCACUCAGUCCUGGCUGUGAUGGUGGAGCCCAGGGUGGACAGCAGGGCUCCAGAGACGGUGUCUUGGCGGGCUCUCUAAAGAGGGUUACAGUGCUGCUGGACGACUGCAGAUUUAUGCUGGGCCAGAGAGUCAACAUCAAAGUGGAAGAGGAGGAGGAGAUGAUUUCUGUCUUCGCUAAUGAUGGAGAGAGCUCUGAGUCCUCAAGUCCUCGCAGUUCUCAACGCGAGAAGAGCUCCAAAAAACAAUCACAUCUUAAACGGCACCUGCACACACUCUCUGGAGAGACGUCUUCCCACUGUUCAGGUAGCAAAGAAAGCCUCUCUACUGUGACCUUGUCAAAGAGACCCAAGAGAGUCCAUCCUAAAGAGAAGUUUCAUAACUGCUCUGACUGCGGGAGGAGUUUCUCUUCAGCGGGAUGUCUCAGGAAACACAUGCUGUUGUUCCAUUCGGGAGAGAAACCCUUCCACUGCCUAGAGUGUGGCGAGAAGUACACUAGAUCAGAUCAGUUGAAAGAUCAUAUGGUGAUACAUUCUGGUGUAAGACCUUACCAAUGCCCUGACUGUAAAAAUACAUUCUCUAGCAGUAAAUGCCUCAAAAUGCACUUGCGAACUCACUGUGCUGACCGGCCUUUCCACUGCUCACAGGGUGAGAUGUACAAAGAACAUUCAACUCUUGCUGCACACCUGCGAGUGCACUCUAGAGAGAAGCCUCACCACUGCUCUGACUGUGGGAUAACGUUUUCCACGGUGCAGGCUUUAAAGAAACACCAGCAGUUACAAUGUCAGGAAGUAUCACAUGCUGUAGUAAAAAGUUUAGAUCCUAAUCAACAUCUGUUAGUACAUUCCGGAGAGAAAUCGUAUCAAUACCCUUACUGUGAGAAGAAUACAAGAGCACCAGACAAUACUCAACAUCUGUACACACACACCGGAGAGACUCCUUACUGUUGUUCAGAUUGUAAUUCAUAUUUCGUUAAUGCAUUACAAUUUAAGAGACACAAGCAAGAGCACACUGGAGAGAAGCCUCACCUCUGCUCCAAAUGUGGUCUUCGUUUCUUUAUAGAAGAGGACUUAAAAAAACAUGAAACUAUUCACACAGAGAAGCCUCACCCCUGCUCUGACUGUGGGCGAAGUUUUUCUACAGCGCGGUAUUUAACUAGACACAAGCGGAUACAUUUAGUGAUUAAGCCUUUCUGCUGCCCCCACUGUGACAAGGGGUACACCAAUUCAGAACAGUUAAAAGUUCAUAUGAUGACGCAUACUGGGGAGCGGCCUUACCAAUGUGUUCAAUGUAAGAAGAGUUUUAAAACCAAGCCACAUCUUAAAUACCACCUGUUAAUUCAUGAGGUAGAGGUGUUUCACCACUGCCCUGACUGUGAUCAAAGGUUCUCCGCUGAGGAGACUUUAAAGGAACACAUGCAGUUACACAAGGGAGAGAAACCUUUCCACUGUCUGCAAUGUGAGAAGAGGUACAGUACUUCAGAUGAGUUGAAAGAACAUAUGAUGACUCAUACUGAUUCUCAGCCUGAUUCUGAUGGGUCACCAAGUUCCAGAAAUGUAGAAGAACAAUGUCAGGAAAUACAUGCUGUCGAAAAAUGUUCCAAUCUUAAUCAACACCUGCAAGUACAUUCUGGAGAGAACCCUCGCCCCCAUCAGUGCCCUAACUGUGAGAAGGGUUUCUCAAAACAAUCGCAUCUUAAAGAACACUUGCUUUUACACGCUGGUGAGAGACUUUACCAGUGCUCGCAGUGUGAGAAAAGUUACGUGACUUCCAGAAGAUUAAAAGAUCACCAGACAAACAUGCAUAUAGAAAAGCCUUGUAUUUGUUCUGACUGUGGAAAGAGCUUCGCUCAACUACGCAGCCUUACUAGGCACCAGCGAACACACACUGGGGAAAAGCCUCACCAGUGCCCCAUCUGUGAGAAGAGUUUCUACAUAAAAUCAACUCUUCGACAACACUUGGACGUACACGCUGGCAAGAAACCUUACCAGUGCUCUCAUUGUGAGAAGAGUUUCUCAAGGCAAUUACAACUUAAGCUACAUAUGUACUCGCACACUGGAGAGCAAACUUACCAUUGUGCUGAUUGUAAUUCAUAUUUCCUUUAUGCGUUACAAUUUAAGAGACACAUGCAAGAGCACACUGGAGAGAAGCCUCACCUCUGCUCUGACUGUGGUCUAACCUUUCCUAUCGAAGAGGACUUAAAAGCACAUGAAAGGAUUCACAGAGGUGAGAAGCCUCAUCACUGCUCUGACUGUGGGCGAAAUUUCUCCUCAGCAGGAUGCUUAAACAAACACAAGCUCUUACAUCUGGUACAGAAAUCUUUCCAAUGUGAGCAAUGUGAUGAGAAGUUCUCAAGAUCAGAUCAGUUGAAAGUUCAUAUGUCAAGACACACUGGAGAGAAACCAUACCAAUGUCCUGAAUGUGAUAAAAGUUAUUAUCUUUCCAACCUCUUACAAAAACAUCUGAGUAUAACGCACAGGGGAGAAAAACCUUACCUUUGCUCUGACUGUGGAAAGUGUUUCGGUUACCGACACCAACUCACAGUCCACCAGCGAACGCACACUGGGGAAAAGCCUUUUGUCUGCUCUGAGUGUGGAAAACAGUAUUCCAAUGGAUAUGGCUUGAAGAUGCAUCGGCGAACACAUACAGGAGAGAAACCUCACCAAUGUCCUGACUGUGAUCAAUGUUUCAUCCGGGUAGAUUCCCUUAAACACCAUCAAUCAUCAACGCAUACAGGGAAGUGGCGUUUCAACUGCAUUGUUUGUGGAAAAGGUUUCUCGUCUAGCUGUGAGCUAAAAGGCCACAUGCGCUGUCAUAGUGGAGAUAAACCUUAUCGAUGCCCCGUCUGUGAGAAGCGUUUCACGCUCGCGGGAACCUGUCGAGAACACCAGAAAACUCACACCGUGAGAGAGAAUCCUCAUGCCUGUACUGAUUGCGAAAAGAGUUUCGUAAAUGCACAUAGACUAACAAUACACAAGAGGGUGCAUACUGGUGAGAAGCCAUACCACUGCUCUGACUGUGGGAAGAACUUCACUCAAUUGACAAGCUUAAAUAGGCACAAGGUCAAACAACACAAAAUGACAUAGAAGAAAACAGGCCUGAACAUGUCCAAGGAAAUAUCACUGUGCUGCUACCAUACAGUACCAUCAGAAAGCAUUCACACAACCCUUGACUUUUUCCACAUUUUGUUGUGUUACAGCCUGAAUUUUAAAAAAAUGGAUG